AUGCACUUCCUCCAGAGGUUGGCCGCCAUCCUGGCGCUUGUCUACUGUCUUAUACUUCCAGUACAAGCCAGUGGAGACGUCCAAGCCAUUGGAAUCGAUUUCGGCCCCGAGGUCAUAACGGCCGCAUAUGCGCAUGCAUCUGAUAAUGUCUCCAUCAUUGCCAAGGCUACCCCCGGACGGAAUGACACGUAUGGCAUCUACAUGCGUCACCUUCGUCAGGAAGCCUACGUACAGAAUAAUGUAGCGGCCAUGUAUGGUGAGAGAGCUGCGCUGAUCUCACGGAUUACUGAAGCUGUGGCGGCGGGAGUAAAACUGGUUGUUUCUAGGAUUCAUGAUCUGGUGCCUUUAUCUGUUCAACAAAGCAUUUCCGGGUCGGCGGUUUUUCAAGCAGCGUCUGGAACUGUGAAGGCCACAUUGCAUGCUAUGAUGGCGUUUCUCGGAGUCAACUAUUCCUCUUCCCCGUCAACAACUCUAACAUUAGACGACAUCAAGACGGAGUUUGUCUCCGUCUUCACCGAGCUCAAAGCCCAAGCACAGAAUAACCACGACAUCGACAUUGAAUCCGCGACAGUCGCUAUCCCCCAGUUUUUCAACAGCACUCUCGCCGAUCUCGUGUGGACAGCAUGCUGGGAAGCUGAAAUCAGCCUCUCGCGCGGACCACAGGCCCGGACAGUCCUCGCCACGUUUAAUCAAAGCCAGGAGACCCAGGUCGACAAUCCCGACAUACGAUACCUGGUUCUGGAUCUGGGGGAGUUCUACCUGGAUUCGCGAACGUAUAAUACUGACAGACGCGCUGGCAUGAGAGAGGGAUACCUCCCUAUGGAUCAGUGGGGCACUCAGUCCAUUGAUCGACAUUUGACCAGUCGUUUGGUCAAGGGCUCUGAAGCGCUCAGGUUUCAGAUCUCCCUUGGAGCGCGGGAGAGCGAUCUUUGGGAGCGGGUGAAGCAGGCUCGUUUGAUGAUGGGUAACAUUGCAGAGGAUACCGGGGCUAAGGAGCUCAGCGAACGUGACAGACAUCAAGAUGAAUGGCCGCUUGAUUUAACAGGAUGGGGGUAUCAGGACUUUGAGGAGGUCAAGGCCGUGCUUACGUGGAAGGAUAUUCGUGUUGUUGAGAAGGCUUACGUGGAUAGCCUGGCGGACAACAUCGUGGCCCAUUUGACUGCAUUGAGAGGCUAG